UUCGGUAUUGCCCGGACAUUUUCGCCUCUUUGUUUUACCGAUAGUGCAUUUAACUCGCGUUCAACCCAAUAUCCAGCGGACUGUACUGUUCUCAAACAGCCACAUGAGAGGGCAUCCAUGAUGAGGAGCUAACACCACUGCGUGCCUGCAGGAAGAGACGUGGCUGCCAAAUCAUCCUCAGUCAACACAUGGCGUCAUUAGGGAACCCCGAGAUGCUAACCAGGAAGAUCAAGCUGUGGGACAUCAACGCCCACAUAACUUGUCGCCUGUGUGAGGGGUACCUGAUAGACGCCACUACUGUCACGGAGUGCUUGCAUACCUUCUGCAGAAGCUGUCUAGUGAAGUACCUGGAGGAGAACAACACCUGUCCCACGUGCAGGAUUGUCAUUCACCAGAGCCACCCACUGCAGUACAUCGGCCAUGACCGAACAAUGCAAGACAUUGUCUACAAGUUGGUGCCGGGACUACAAGAGGCGGAGAUAAAAAAACAAAGAGACUUCUAUCAGAAGCUGGGAAUGGAAGUGCCCGGGGACAUCAAAGGAGAGCUGUGCAGCAUGAAACAACAUCUAGAUCCUCAGCGCAAUGGUGAGGUGAAAACGGAGGACACGGCAAAUAAGGAAACAGCAGAGGAGAAACCGGAGGAGGAGGAGAACGAUUAUCACCGCAGCGACGAGCAGGUCAGCAUCUGUUUGGAGUGCAACAGCAGCAAGCUCCGUGGCCUGAAGCGCAAGUGGAUCCGCUGCUCGGCGCAAGCCACGGUACUUCACCUCAAGAAAUUCAUCGCCAAAAAGCUUAACCUGACAUCGUUCAAUGAGCUGGACAUUUUAUGCAAUGAGGAAAUCUUGGGAAAGGACCACACUUUGAAAUUUGUUGUCGUGACAAGAUGGAGAUUUAAGAAAUCCCCCCUCCUGCUGCAUUACAGACCCAAAAUGGAUUUGCUGUAGUCGGACAGAAUGGUUGUUUUGGCCCAGUGGCCCAGAACUGUGCAACGUACUAUUUAUGCAGAGACGAUCAAUCCCAACACCAAGCAAACACACCAGAUCAGAAGUCCACACAAGCCAGCAAACAACAAAGCCCAGCACAGAUACUGCACCACUGGCGGGUUUAGAUUUUUAAAAAACAACCUUUUUUGUCCGCUAUACAUCCUAGAUAUGUGAAAGAUUUGAGAGAAAAAAAGCAUAUAUUUAUACUUUUGUACAGACGAGACAUGGAACCAAGACACUACUGGUGCUCUGUUUACACAUGAACAAGAUGUCGGGGAAUCGUGUGCCCAUAUUUUUUUGUUUUUUUUCGACAGACUUCACUCCUCCGACCCUCAUUGACUGAUAAAAAGGCGAGGACGAGGAUUUUUAACAGUUAAUUUUAUUUUUCAGGUUACACUCAAACGAGUCUUGGGAGCAAAGAAAGUAUAUACAUUUAUAUAAUAAGACAUUGUUUCAAAGCUGUUUAUUGCAUUGUUGUAUUGUUCUCUGAUUUAUUUUUUUAUUUUACUUUAAAAUUGCUUCGGGUUUGCUGAAGGUUGAUUGUGAAUAGGGGAAAAAUGUGUGUACUAAUUUAUGUUCUAUAUACCAAUAUUGUACAUAAAAUGUCAUUAUGAGAGAGAUUGAAAGGAGUAAGAAAGAUACUUAAGAUUGUUAGGAAAGGUUCACAGAAGUGGUUCAGUACGGUGCAUUCGGAAAGUAUUCAGACCCUUUGACUUUUUCCACAUUUUGCUAUGUUAGUCCACAUAAAUCUACACACAAUACCCCAAACAGGUUUUUAGAUAUUUUUGCAAAUGUAUUAUAAAUAAAAAACAGAAAUACCUUAUUUACAUAAGUACUCAGACUUGCUAUGAGUUUCGAAAUUGAGACAGGAUUGUGUCGAGUCCCAGAUCUGGGGAUUGGUACCAAAUUAUGCAGCAUUGAAGGUCCCCAAGAACACAGUGGCCUCCAUCAUUCUUAAAUGGAAGAAGUUUUGAACCACCAAGACUCUUCCUAGAGUGGGCCGCCUGGCCAAACAUCGCAAU